CGAAGCUGCGACAGGACGACCAGAGGCUUGCUUCAGCCUGGACUGACGACCGCUGACGAGCUAGUUGCAAUGAACAGUAGGCUGGUGUAGCGCUCGACUGACUGAUCGAACGAGCUCGGCUGGCUCUGACGACGAGACGAAACAGGUUCGAGGGAGCUCGAGUCUGGCACGCAUGGUCUCGGAGACGUAUCAGUCUCACUCUCAGCUCGGUCUGCCUGUCGCGAGGUCGGCUUCGACGGACAGCAACGACAGCUUGAGCAGUAGUACGACAUCCUCCAGCAGAUCCACGUCUCCUGCGCCUAGCUUGAGCGGCAUCAACUCUACUCACUCUGGCAAAUCUCACAGGAGAGUCAAAUCGCUCGUUAGAGAAUUUGACGCCAUCAAUAUCAACGAUUGGCCUGCAGCCUACGUCGACCACAACGGCUCAGUCGCGCAACACGGCAGACGGACUGCAUCGUCCAACUCUACCAUCAGCUCGACGUCCUCACUCGCCCGAUCGCCAGAUAGCACCUUCACUGCGACGACGAGGCCAGAGCCAGACACGUCGCUCUCGACUGACUCCUCGUCCUCGUACAAACCUGCAUCGGUACCUUUGCAGACAGGAGUACAAAAGCCGAUCAUGAGCUUCUCUGCCGCCGAUGCUACGGCUUCGAGCAGUGCUCACGCGCAUAUCAAUGGUCGCGCGACAGGCCUAGCAUCGCCUUUCCGGUCUCACGCGCGUACAUCCUCCACCGUCAGUGCGAAUGGCCACGCUCGUUCGCAUAGUCAUUCACAUGCAGGCCACUCGCACUCUCAUUCGCACUCGCACGAUGAGCAGCUAGAAGAGGAAGAGGCAGAUGAUGCCUUUGUACCCUUGACGUCCGAAGCGGGUGAUUACGCUUUCGUAGGCGCUACAAGUCCGCGCUCGCCAAACAGUCUGCCACAUAGCCGGACUUCAUCUGCAAAUGGACUCGUCUUUAUAGACCCGAAAGCGAAUAUGACGGAGGCAGAAAGGCGAGCACAUUCGAGGAGACAUUCGCGCGUACACUCUCGCAACCUCAGCGUGUUCUUUCCUCGACCGGGCGUCGGCUCGCCAGGCAUCCAGGACAUCUCUGAGGAGAUUGACGACGAGAGUAGUCAAGCGCAAGUCAUUGAGAUACCUUCUCAUGAUCACUCCUACGCUAGCCAAGCGAGGAUAACGCCACAGACUGCCUACUCGAGCGAGGGCUCGGAUCGGCAGAGGAUGUACAGUGCCAAUAGCGAUCCUGCACACGAAGAAGCGGCAACUUCGAGCUCGAAAGUCGGUCGUAGAGGUCACCAUCAUCGUCACUCGCUUUCGCACAACUUCUUCUCCUUUCUUGACCCUACGCAGACGAAUCCAGAGCUAGCCUCUGCCUCUGCCGGCUCGUCUAUACCAUCUGUCUAUGGCACGCCCAUACAAGACAGCGCAUACCUAUCUGGCUUGCAAACACCGUCGAGCAUACCCAGGCCGGUGGCAUCACCCAUGGGUCUCGCCACCAGUCAUCCUGCCUCUGCGCCUUCCGGUCUACCGGCUUCAUCCUCGUACUCGAGCAAGUACGCUCAUCUGCCGAGGCCGAUACGACUCACCCUCGUAUUACUCUUCCAGCUGCAGUUCAGAGUACAGGCUGCUCUCGUGCUCAGUAUAGCAGAGAUCGUCAUGGGAUCCACACUAUGGAUCGCGGGCCAAGCGGGCGAAAGCCUAGCAACGACAGGUCUUGGCUAUCUGCUCGUGUUCGAUGGCUUCGGAGCGCUGUCGAGUGUCAUCGUCGAGGGUAGCAUGGGGAGCGUCGAGCUGCUCUGGGAAGCCCUAUCGAGCCACAAGUCGAAGCUAGAUAAGAGCAUCAGAUGGCCUUAUGGCACCCACCGGCUAACAACCCUGUCGCAUUUCGCCCAAUGCGUCUUCCUCAUCUUCAGUGCAGUCUACGUUUGCAAGGAAGCCAUCGAGCACGUCCUUCUGCUACAUGACCCGCUAGAAGCUCAGGCAGACGCGGGACACGGCUCGGCUCAUGGCACGAUGGGUCACGGAGAGUCUCUCGUCACCAGUCCGGGCGCAGAUCUCACGCCAUUUGGGCCAGCUCUACCGACACCAUUGCUGAUCUGCUCAUUCGCUGCUUGCCUCGCCUCGGCCAUCAUACUCGGCAAUCAUGCAAAGCUCAUCGAGACUGUUGGGCCGGCGACUUACGCACUGAGGCCUAUUGCACCUGGUCAAGGGAGAAAGCCUCGAUUACGACAGCUGCUGGACGUCCUGAGCAAUCCGUUCUCGCUUCUCGUGCUUGUCUUCAGCGGCACGCUCUACGCGGCUGGCUUGUUCCUUACCCCAGUUCAAUUGACGCCAUUGGACAAGAUCCUCGCGCUCAUAGAGUCCCUAGCAAUGUUCUACGUCGGCUACCCUGCAGCGAUGGCGACGGGCAAAGUCUUGCUCCAGACCGCGCCACCCGUCGAAGCUGGCAACAUGGCUGCACUCAAGCGUGGCGUCAGAGAGGUCGAAUCGCAUCCUCUCGUUGUGCAUGUGCCGCCCCCACACAUCUGGCAGCUUACACCCCAUCCUCGCACUGCGCCCAAUGCGCGGAAGUCGAAGAUCUACGGUCGCGCUAGUUUGCCAUCUCCUUCUGACGGCGCAUCGAUCAUCAUUGUCACGCUGGAAAUACACGUGCGAAUGGAUGCCAGCGAUUCGGAUAUACUGGACCUGACCCAGAUGGCUCGGCAAAAAUGUUCGCCUGCGCUGUCGAGAAGCACGGGUGGCGGGUCGAUCGGCGGUCCGGCAGGCGAAUUGACGGUCAAGGUCAGGCGUACCAAGCCGGCUCUCGCUAGCCAGCCAGUCGGACAUGUCCAUACUGCUCGCGACCAUUGUGGACUUCAUGAUCAUUCGCAUGCUGCCCCAUCAUCGCAAUCGCAUUCGCAUGGACAUUCGCAUGCGCAUGCAUGAGCCUGGUGUACAUAAUGCAUAUGCGUGCGCGCCCACUCGGAAGGCUUGUUAAUUAGAGAAAUUA